GGUUGUCUACUCUCACACACCUCGACAUUUAUGGCUGGAGUUUCAGAAUCUACAAAAUGACAAUUUGCUCUUUUCCUGGCUUGAACCCAAUCUGGGAUUAAGGAAACCACAGGCAUAGAGACAUAGCCAAGUUCUGUGGUUAGACGGAGCAUGUUUCAUCUCCUCGCCUACUGCUGGUCUUGGCUGCAGGCAAUUCAAGAGCCCAUCAGAAAAGUGACUAUCCUUGUCCUUGGCCUAGACGGAGCAGGAAAAACUUCUGUAGUCAGAGAAAUCCAGAGAGUACUCUCCUGUGAAGUUCUCCCCACCACGAAGCCAAACCAGACAGAUCUCAGAGUGGACAGGUUUGAGAUAUCCCUCAUUGACCCAACCGGGGGACAGCGAACCUGGAGGAACCACUACGGCAAAGCUCACGGGAUAAUCUUUGUGCUCGACUCUGGUGACAUGGUGCAGAUGGAAGAAGUCAAGAGGACCCUCACCCGUGUCUUGGGGCAACCCAAGGUUGCAGGAAAGCCUCUGCUACUGCUGGCAAACAAACAGGACACACUGGAUGCGCUCCUGCCCUGCGAGAUCAUUGAGUAUCUGUCUCUGGAGAAGCUUGUGAAUGAAACCAAGUCACCGUGUCGCAUUGAACCUUGUUCAGCCAUCAAAAAGCUUCCCAAGCCCCAGUGCUGGACCCUCGUCCAAGGGCUUCACUGGCUCUUGAGCACUGUUGCUGUCGACUAUGAAGUCCUGUGUGACCGCGUCCAGGAAGAUGGCCUUGAACUACAAGCAUUACCAGAGCGGGACAUACCUCGGAAGGCACGGAGACCCCGGAGCAAGACCCGGGAAGACAGGGAGCCACCGGCUAAGAGAGAGAGCUCCCAAUACAGAAAUGCCAAGCCAGAGGAAAGCAAACCACCAAAGCACUCCCAGCACAUUCUCUCACAGAAAGAGGAAGGAACGACGGCUCCCAAGAAAAAGAAGAAGAAAGUAAAGCUCAAGAUGAAGAAAGGUUUGGUGCAGUCAGACAGCACAUUGGCUGCCGAUGACAAACACAAAAUGGAAGUAAGUGGAAGCAAAGUCGGAACCAUCCUUGGCCUCAUCCAGAAAAACAGGGUUGCCCAAGAGAAUCCCAGAAUUCAUGAAACAUCUCCAACUCCAGCAGGACAGAACACAAAGAAGAAAAAUAAAAUACUGAAAAAUAAAAUCAAAACCAAAGAGCAAAUGGAGACCCAACCGGCUGAGCCCCUGUCGAGCACUUUUGAUUUGUAUCGGAGAGCCAUGCUGGCUCUGAAAAUGCAACAAGAGGGGCAGAAGAAGAUGCAGGGAUUUAGCAUUUCCUGAGCCAGUCAAUAACCUGAGGGUAGGAGUCUCAAACUGGUACCGCCAAAGCUAAA